UUCCUUAUUCAUUCUUGUCCUCUUGGCUGUUUUCUUGAUACCCUGUGCCUGUCUUUUUUUCUUUUCUCUUUCCUGCUUUGCAAUAAUUACUACCACUUCCAUAUCGUCUGCCAUUUCCUGUUCUGCUCCGUUUCCGAUAAUUCCGGUAAUUUUGGUAUUCUACAUAUACUCCAACUUCAACCUCUACUUCUACUUCGACUACUACUGCCAACACUAAUCGAAUCCUCCCGGCAUGGCUCUUCCCGACCAUGCCCCUGUCGCGACCAUGAAUGGCCAUGCGUCCGACCUCAAUGCCCAGGUGGACGUAAUCUGCGGCCCUCUGAUCAAUUUUAAGAAUAUGGUUGUCAAUCCAUCUUCGUCCACUUGGCGUGGGAGCGUCUUGAUCGUUACCAAGCCGGGUCAGAGCCAGCCACGGCUGCUUUUACGCCAGGUCGGCCCCAUUGGAGCCAGCUACGCCGGCAAUGGUGCUCGAGCAGGCGACUCCGCGGUGACCGUGCAUGGUGUCCGUCUGUAUGAAGAUCCCCAGAAAGCAUUCUGGCGUUUCUCCCUCUCGUUCGCUCUGGAAUCAUAUGAAGCGCGCUGGGAAUACGCGAUUCCAGGGUUCACAUAUGUAGAGGGCGACAAAGCACCUCCGUCAUGGGACUUUGUGGUUCCUUCUGUAAACCAGUCAAUGCGUAUGAUGUUCCAUUCGUGUAACGGCUUCUCGGUCGGCACGGACAUGAACGCAUGGGUUGGGCCUAACCUCUGGAAUGAUGUCUUGCGCGUGCACGCCCAGAAACCCUUCCACGUCAUGAUCGGGGGUGGCGAUCAACUCUACAACGAUGGCAUCCGUGUGGAUGGACCGCUUAAGGAAUGGACUUCCAUCUCCAAUCCUCAUACAAGACGUGCCCACAACUUCGACAACAGCCUGCGUGCCAGGUGUGACGAAUACUACUACGCAAACUAUGUCCGAUGGUACUCUACCCAGCCAUUCAAGGGUGCCAACGGGCGGAUUCCCCAAAUCAACAUCUGGGACGACCAUGAUAUCAUUGACGGCUUCGGCUCGUACACUGACCAUUUCAUGCGCUGCUCCGUCUUUCGAGGUAUUGGUGGUGUUGCCUUCAAGUAUUACUGCCUCUUCCAGCAUCACAUCGCCCCGCCAAAGUCGACCUACACCACCGACGCCCCUCAAACAAUGCACGCCGUCAACGGCACCGCCGGCGCGGAUCCGCGACAGCUGGAGAACACUUUUGUCCUGGACGAACAGCAGGAAGAUGACAGCUGGAUCAUCGGUAAGCGUCCAGGACCUUACGUGGAGGAAAGGAGCAGGAACCUGUACAUGCGUCUCGGCAAGCGGAUUGCCUUCAUUGGCGUUGAUGCGCGCACCGAGCGCACUCGUCACCAGGUGAACUACCCAGACACGUAUGACCUUAUCUUCUCUCGGCUCCAGAGCGAAGUGGCGGCGGCCAACGGAGAUAUCAAACACCUGGUCGUGCUUCUGGGUGUCCCGAUUGCGUAUCCCCGCCUUGCAUGGCUGGAGAACAUCUUGAGUUCGCCCAUUAUUGCCCCGAUUCGUCUGCUGAACAAGCGGUUUGGUUUCGCAGGAGGUCUGUUCAACCAGUUUGAUGGCCAGGUGGAUUUGUUGGAUGACCUAGACGAUCAUUACACGGCCCGCCAACACAAGAAAGAACGGCGGGUCUUCAUCCAGCGUCUGCAGGACUUUGCCAAGGCCCAUUCAGUACGUGUGACGAUUCUGGGUGGUGAUGUGCACUUGGCGGCCAUCGGAAGAUUCUAUUCGAAUCCCAGUCUUCGCAUUCACAGUGAGAAUGAUCCGCGGUACAUGGUCAAUGUCAUUAGCAGUGCGAUCACCAAUAAGCCUCCGCCGAAGGCCGUCGCAAAUCUCCUCGCGCGGCGGAACAAGCUCCAUCACAUGGAUUCGUCUACCGACGAGACGCUGAUGGACUUCUUUGACCGCCAGCCCGGUGGGCAGGAGAAGAGUGCCUCCUGGAAUAAGGUGACGAUGCCAUCGCGAAACUAUGCCUGUAUCACGGAGAUUGAGACGCCCGCAUCUAAUGGCAAUGCCGCCGCGGCUCAGGACGAAAUUACUUCGUUUCCCCUUCCCAUGGACGGGCACUCUCCCCUCCACAAGGGCGAGAAGAACGCCGGCUCGAGUCACCCUGCCGCCGAUGGGUUCAGUAGCAGCAGCGAGAUGUGGGGAGGUCUGGACGUGGCCAUCCGGGUGGAGAUCAACCCCCAAGAUCGGGAGGCAACAACUGAUGGCUAUGCCUUCAGCAUUCCCGCUUUGGCUUAUGUGCCAUCCGAAGCUGACUCUCGGCCCAAUUCCCGCGCUCGCUCCCUGCGCCCUCGAUCCCUUCGUCCGCCAUCUCGCCAGUCAGCGCGUCGUCCCCAAAGCGCAGACUAAUGGUGGACAGACCGCCGAUUGUGACAGCUGUCUAUAUCCGUGCCGUCCGUUCGGUGCAUGAAUAUCAGGUGAGGUUCAGUCCACGUUAGUUGCUUUGAAUGCAGGUACCAUUUUCUGGUCAUGUAGGAUAUAUCCAUUUGCGUGUCAUAUACUUUUUCUGUUAUUU